GCCAUACGAUUUUCUCCAUGAAACAUAAAAAAUAAGGUAAACAGUACAGGAGUGAAAUCUCAGGUGUUCAGGGGAUUAGUAACUCUAGCAGCAGUUCCAUAGGCAACAGCCCAAGCUAGUCUGGGAGGUAAGUCUCCCAGGCCUGUUUUGUGCUAGCUAUCACAGUUUGUUCUGUGCUCCAAAACUUCAUUCAAGGAUUUUUUUUUUCCCUGGUUUACAGAAAUGUCUGCAAGUAAUUGAAACUUCGCCUUUUUUCAGGCUUGAAUCUGUAUAUUCCAUUGAAUAAUUCUUGAUAAAUAGCUUGUGGGUUUUGUAUGUUUCAUCUCUCUACUAAAAUUUACCCUCAGUUAUACAAUCAAUGGCUAAACAUCCUUUGUCUUCAGAACUUUGUCUUUGUUCACCAAGCUGUAUUGUUCGUUUGAAAAGCCGCAGUCCCUUUUCACCUGUGGAACUGGAUGGUUUUCUGCUGCUUUCUAGAUUAUGACAUGCAACUGCUGUUUGAUCCAAUGACUGGCAGCUGCUAGCUAGUCUGUAUGUGGGGAAAGAGAAUGAUCUUAUCUUAAACUUGGUGGAAAGUGGGUAAAGUGGACCAUGUUACAGUUCCUGUACUAACUAAAGCAAGGAAAGGUGGGCAAUGAAAGGAAAAAGUGUCAAAAUUCGAUAGUCUUAAUAAAAAGAUGUGCAUUUUCACUAUGCAACUAGAAAAUUUUAGAUUAUUGGCUGUUAUUCCUCUGCAUUUGUAGAAGUCAAAGAAUUCUUAUUACAACAAAAAUUAGAAAAGAUCUGAAGAACUAACAACUUUAAAUUUUGCUAAGGAUAGUAGUGCACAAUAAUUCACAUCCAACAGGCUUCAAAUGAGCUAACUAUGGAGUUUCUUGAAGUAUUGAUAUUGGUGAAUCCUGGAUAUUAUUAACAGUCAGUCUGCUAUUCAUCCUGGGAAAAAUCACGGCAAAUGUGAUAUGAAAGGCAGUUACCUAAUUAAGAGGUGCAAAAGUAAUAUUUAUGAUUUUUCAGAAAACAGACAGCAGGAAAAAGUAAACUUGUUCAGUGUUGUAAAUUCAGCAGAUAAAUGCAACUGCUACUGUAGUAUAUAUAAUUUAUUUCAGAGGUCUAAUUCUGCUUUGUAUGACAUUCUAAGAACUUAUAUAAUUUACAAAAGAAAUGCAACACUUGGGUUUUAAAAUCAUUUAAAUCAAAUAUCUUGAGAAAAUUCAAAGAGACAUACCCAGCCAAAAAGAGAUGUUCCUGUGAGACACUGCUUGAAUAGUUAUUGGCCUACUGCUAUAACAUAUCUCAGCUUUUGACAGUAGCAAAUACCACUACCCUGCAGCAUGGGAGAAAACCUGUUAGUCUGCUACCAUACCCGAUAACUUCUUUAUCCAGUUAAGCAUAUGGAACAAUCUAACUCCUUUCUGCAUUUUGACAGCUGGAGAACCAGUAAUUAACACUCAAAAGUGAGCCAUGUUUAAGACCAGUAUGAUAUCUGACUCUGUACAACAUAUUUUCAAAAAUACCAUUUAGGAAAAACAUGGAAGGGCAGGGCAAGGCUGUAAGGAAAAUAAUUCAGGAACCUCUUUGAAAAAGCUGUGGCUGAAAAGAGACUCGUAACGAUAAGCAAAGAAACUGCCUUCUGCUGCUGCUGCUGCUGCUUUCUCUUUUGUUGAGGGCACUAGUAAACUUCCCUGAAAAUAUAUAUAUGGAAGCAACUUGGAAGAUCUAGACUAUUUCCAAGUAGCUCAUGUGUAAAGAGAAAACAUGAUAAAAACAUUGCUAGGAAAGAUAGCAGAUGGUGUAGCUGUAAUUGUGUAUAGCUGAUCUGUCAUUGGACACAAAGAUACCUAUAUAAUUGUCCAUUGUGGUGUUUUCUUUUUUCUUUUUCUAAAUGUUAAAUUAAACCACAACAUAGGUGCUACAGGUGGGCAAUUUCACUGUACAUGUGACAGGCAAUUGUGACUAUAAAGGGACUGGCACAGCAUGGUUCAUGGCAAGAGAGGUAUACAAACUCUAUUAGACUGGAUGGGUCACUGGAGUUAUGUGACUUUUGAAAGUGUAAAGAAAGAAUUGAAUAGGACAAUGAACAAUGAUCAGAUUACUACCAGUGCUUUGCCUGCUGCUUGUCAAAAAUAAUGAGAUCAGAAGGGUUGCAUGCUGGCAAAUUUGUGCAAUGCAAAUGCGUUAACUGAAUUUCACUUCAGACAGCAAUUUCAUUUCUUAGUAUAAUCUCGACAAUAUAUCAGAGGUUUAGUGCCUUGUUGAAAGACUGUCUAAAAAGGCUUUGAAGAAAUUACUGUAACCAGCCCCAUAGUUCAGUUCUGUGCCACCGAAAGAAGGCAGUAUAUUUUUAAAGGUGCUUGCCUUCAAAAGGAGAGACAAUUUCUGAAACAGAGAGCACAGGAAGAAAAUUGGGAAAACCCCACUUGCAGUGAUGUGCAUAAAGGUGAUUCAAGAAAGACAGGGAGAAAAAUUUUGAGUGGGUUAAAACCUGCUCUGCUUCAAAGGUGUUCCUAUCUUGUUUCAAGGAUCAUGCGUAGUGGCUGAAAAUGUCACUGUGUUACCAUGCCUUCAGUUUAAAGCUUCCUUUCUUACUGUGAUGGUAGCAAGGGAAAUAUGUAAUAUAUUUCAGCCUUUAUAGCACCACAGAAAGCCCUAGAGAACACAUAUCACAAAGACUCAAAACGAAACUGAAAAAAAGAAAAAGGAAACCCAACCCAUUUUAACUUUAUCUUUUUGCUAUUCUUUUUGUCCUGACAUCAUUCAAUAUCUGCAUUUCAUUACAAAAUAUGAGGAAUACGUAAAGGUGGUGUUAAUAUACAGUCAUUCAGAAGAUAAUUCUAGAUUUGAUUUUCAUAAGUAAUGUUCAUAAUCUGUUUCUCUUUUGUGGGUGUAUUCUAUUUGAAACUUGGUAUAUGCAAUAAACCCUCAGUGCUGCACUUUACACUAGCCAUCAGGCUGAAAGUAGCAUAACAUGUUGCAUUUAACCAAUGCUGUUAACACAAACAAGAAAGAGCCUUUUUCUUAGGCAACUUUAUGUAGAGACCAAGUCACUUCAGGUUCCGUGACCUUACAAGCUCACACGGUACAAGCCCCUUUGGUGGGGAUGUGUGUGAGCGUAUGCCACGGGCAUCUACAUUACACACUGGGGACGUGUCACCAGAAGAAAAGGCCGAGGGGACAUGACGCAUGCCGAGAGCCAGCGUGAGUGUCUCCCCAGGACUGGCAGGUUCCGGACACUGUUCCUGUUCAACCUGUAGCGGCACACCGAGAGCUGAAGGCAUCCACACAAGGCCGCCGGCGCACGGAAGGGCUGGCAGCCAUCAGGCUGUGUAACACGGGCUGCACCGGCGGCAGCGCCCCGCAGGCGAAGGCCGCGGGCUCACACACGCACCCGCCGGAGCGGUGCCGGCCGCCCUCAGCCGGGGCCGCGGCCUGCGCCCUGCCGCCUGCUGCCUCACGGGGCCGAGGGCACACCCGCCGGCCCUACCCGCCACUCCGCAGGCCUGGCAGAGGCCACGGCCCGGCCCGUGCAGCUGCGGCCGCGGGGCCGCAGUUUCGCCCACAGCCCCCACGAGGAUGGCCGGGACCCCGGGUAAGCCUAGAGGCCGGCUCCGGUGCCAGCGCCUUCGGGGGCCUGGCGCGGCAGCGGCCCGUGAGCGCGGCUAAGUCAUGGGGCGACAGGUCUCAUCGGGAAGAGGCCGCAGGCGGCACAAAACACCCGAAACGCUGCCCGGCCCGGCCACCGCCCCGCAACCCGGCGCACCUGCCCCCGGUCGCCCCCGGCCCAACCCGGCCUGGCGCUUGCGCAGCGGCGCGCCCGCCCCCCCCGUAAACAGCGCCGUCACGUGAGCGGCCGGGCCCGGCGCGGCGCCGCUCGCCUGACGCCGCGGGGGCGCGCCUACGGGGCAGCGGGCACGCGGCCGGCACUCGAGCCGAGCCAGGCCAGGCCGGGCCGGGCGGGACCACUGGGGCCGGGGAGGGGAAGCCCGCGCGCACCCCCGCUCCCACAGGCCGCGGGCCUGCGCGAGCCGCCCCCUCUCCCUCACGGCGCGGCCGCCGCGUCCUUCCUCCGCGGCUCCGGGGCAGCGCUGGGCAGCGGAGCGGGGGCUGAAAGACACACAGGAGUCUUCAUGGAUAUAGUUGAUACAUUUAACCAUUUAAUUCCUACUGAACACUUAGAUGAUGCCCUAUUUCUAGGAUCCAACCUGGAGAAUGAAGUCUGUGAGGAUUUUAGUACAAGUCAAAAUGUCUUAGAGGAUUCGCUGAAGAACAUGCUCAGCGAUAAGGAUCCUAUGCUAGGAUCUGCAAGUGCCCAGUUCUGUUUGCCUGUUUUGGAUAGCAAUGAUCCCAAUUUCCAGAUGCCUUGUUCAACAGUUGUUGGUCUUGAUGAUAUUAUGGAUGAAGGAGGAGUUAAAGAGAGUGGAAACGACACCAUUGAUGAUGAUGAACUUGUAUUACCUAACAGGAAUUUGAGGAGCCGUUGUGAAGAAACAUCAGUCACAUCACCAAGAAAAUCACCACGUUUAAUGGCACAAGAACCAGUGCGGAGUUUGCGACAGAGCACACUAGCCAAGCGUUCAAAUGUUGCACCUGUUGUUAAUACCAAGAAAUCAUCUGUAAAAAGUGGAUCUGCUCCAAAAUCAGGACAGAAACAAGAGAGAAGUCCAGCUAAAGAGACAGAUGUUGCUGCACCCUUGAAAACAGAGCAGCCUAAAGAAGUUAGGCGUAGUACAAGACGAUCGGGACAGACAGAAGGAACGUCAGCAGCAGUAACAGCAUCCCAAAGUAAUACAAAAAGUCUUCCUGGUCCUGAAGAGGUGAAUGAAAUAAAGGCUGAAACCCUUGAGCAAGCAAAAGUUGAGGAAACAUCCCAAGAGUUAAGUUGUGCUAAUUUAGCAGGAGCCUGUUCUAAUUCUCCUGGAGAAACAAAGGAAAUAACAGAGGUUGCAACAAAGACUGAAUCUGAGAAUGUUGAGUCAGUUUGUUCGGUAUCUGCCGCUAGUGAAACUACUGCAGUUAAAAAUGAGGCAAAUGAUGUGAUUGGUUCAACAGGCUCUGAAACUUCUUCAGAAAAGACUGAAAAUAAAACAGAAGAAUUAGAGAAGAAAACAGAAGAGCAUGAUCUGAGUGGGGUAGCUGGAAAAGUUGAUGAUCCAUCUAGUGCUUGCGUGAAUCCAAGUGAAAUUUGUGACACCUUUUCAAAUUUGUCCAGCUCUGUAGAAGGGGUUGAUAGUGGUUUAGGUUCCCACAGUGUGGAAGUUUCUGAUGAAAAUAAAUUGUCAGUAAAGGAAUGCAUAACAGAAUGUGUAUAUGGUGAUAAGGGAGUGGAGAAAACUGUAACUUCUUUUGAGAAACUAUUGGACAGUCCAGAGUUUGAUAAUAAAGACUUAAAAAACAAAGAUUUUACUUCUGCUGACCCAGGAAAUAGCAUUUUAGAAAGCAGUGUUCUUAGCCAAACAAGCCAAGAUGUACAGCACCAGAUCAGCAGUACUAAAGUAGAAGGCCCUGAGACAUCAAAAUUUCAGAAUGACGAUAAACAAGCUUGCAUUUCAUCAAAGUGUGAAAAGAACGUUAGGCCUGGGCAUAGUAAAUCUAUGAUACAGAAUAAGCAAAAUCUGACUGCAAGUACUCGACAGAAAUCGGGUACACUGCAGCAAGAAAUGCGUUCAAGAACAAGAGCUGGUCUUACUGUUUCAGGUCUUCACAGUCCAUCUUCAGUAAGUUUGAAGCGGAAUGCAGAUGAGCAAGAGAGUCAUCAGCAUCCAAAUAACCCAGUUAAAAUUAGGAAGAAACAGUCCGAUCUGGGUUUAAAAGCAAAGACCUGUGUUUCAGGGGUGACCAUAAAAAAGCAGACCAAUACAACGCUGAAGAAAAUACCCCGAGGCCAGGCUUCUGGGCAAGUACAGAAGUCAUCCGUUCAAAGAGCAAGUGAGAAAUCUCCUACUCAUCAGAGCUGUUCUAAAGAUACCCACCACUCCAUGCACUCGUUAUCAGGGCAUGUUUCAAAUCUUAGUCAGAAGCAAGCCCAGGGUCAGAAACACCAAAUUGCAGCUGUGCUGAAAACAAAUAGCUCCACAAAGGAAGAGGCAGAGACAAAAGAUCCUCCUGUUGUAGAACAUCUGAAGGAGGAUGAUAAAGAAAAAAACAAAUCAAAAAGAUUUGAUAAGAACCUCCAACCUCGCCAGAGAAGAAGUAGCAAAAGUCUUUCACUUGAUGAGCCUCCAUUGUUCAUUCCAGAUAACAUUUCAACUGUUAAACGUGAAGGCUUGGAACAUAGCUCUGCUAAUGAAAGCAAAUAUGUUUGGGUGCCCAACAAGCAGUGUGGCUUUUGCAAAAAGCCACAUGGCAACAGGUUUAUGGUGGGCUGUGGUAGAUGUGAUGAUUGGUUUCAUGGUGAUUGUGUUGGACUGAGUCUUUCUCAAGCUCAGCAGAUGGGUGAAGAAGACAAAGAAUAUGUGUGUGUGAAAUGCUGUGCUGAAGAAGACAAAAAAAUGGAGUGUUUUGAUCAAAGUGUACCAGAUACUCAUCUUGAAAUCCAUAGAGAAGAAAAAGCAAUUGAGUGUGAAAAACAGGGGAUGCUGAAGCAAGCACCUACUUGUAAUCUAAAUGUAACAACUGAAAAAACAAAGCAAAUAGAGGACACUGGGAAGCAUAAAGUCAAAAUCUUCAGACGGGAAUCUGGUGAUGGGAAGAACUUGUCAGAGUCCAGAGACUCGGAUGCUAAAAAAGGGCAACAUGUUCCCACUCGAAAAGGAUCACAAACUGCUGUAAUUCCUCGGCGGUCCCCUGAAGAUAAAAAUGAAAAAAUCAGUAAAGAAUCCCCUAGUGUGGUUGAAAAGUCUACAAAAUCAGGUGUUCAUGAGAAACAAGAAAUUAAGAAAAAGAAAAAUGAGAAAGGAUCCAUUAGUGCAGCACACCUGCCAGCUGUGCCAGCUUCCAAACCUUCUGCUGAUCAGAUAAGACAAAGUGUCAAACAAUCUCUUAAGGACAUUCUGAUGAAAAGAUUGACAGACUCAAGUUUAAAGAUUCCUGAGGAGAGAGCAGCAAAAGUUGCCACAAGGAUUGAAAGAGAGCUGUUUUCUUUUUUUCGGGACACUGACUCGAAGUACAAGAACAAAUACAGAAGUUUAAUGUUCAAUCUGAAAGAUCCUAAAAAUAAUAUAUUAUUUAAGAAAGUGCUGAAAGGAGAGGUUACUCCAGACCAUCUAAUAAAAAUGAGCCCGGAAGAACUGGCUUCCAAGGAACUGGCUGCUUGGAGACAGAGAGAAAAUAGACAUACAAUUGAAAUGAUUGAGAAGGAACAGAGGGAAGCUGAAAGAAGACCCAUCACAAAAAUUACUCACAAAGGAGAAAUAGAAAUUGAAAGUGAAACACCAAUAAAAGAACAAGAGGAAGUCAUGGAAAUUCAGGAACCUAAUAUGAAGUUGUUUGAGAAGUCAGAGGAAGCUGAAAAAGAUAAAGAAGUAAAUGAAUCUGCAUCUCCAGACACCACAAGUCAACAUAAAAAUCAUCUCUUUGAUCUUAACUGCAAAAUCUGCAUAGGCCGAAUGGCUCCACCUACUGAUGAUCUUUCUGCGAAAAAAGUGAAAGUGUCUGUUGGAGUUGCACGGAAGCAGUCAGACAAUGAAGCAGAGAGCAUUGCAGACGCGCUUUCUUCAACAUCAAGUAUUUUAGCAUCAGAAUUACUGGAAGAUGAUAAGCAAGACUCAUCAAAAUCAUCAUUCACACCUCUCCCAAAGUCAGAAACACCUGGUACCGUCGAAUGUGAAAGUCUUUUUCUGGCACGCCUGAAUUUCAUCUGGAAGGGUUUUAUCAAUAUGCCUUCAGUGGCAAAGUUUGUUAUUAAGGCUUAUCCAGUCUCUGGCUCUUUUGAGUAUUUAACAGAGGAUUUGCCUGAUAGUAUUCAAGUAGGUGGCAGGAUAUCUCCUCACACUGUCUGGGAGUAUGUAGAAAAAAUCAAAGCUUCAGGGACCAAGGAGAUCUGUGUAGUUCGCUUUACCCCAGUAACUGAAGAGGAUCAGAUAUCCUAUGCAUUGUUGUUCGCCUAUUUCAGCAGUAGAAAACGUUACGGUGUAGCUGCCAAUAACAUGAAGCAGGUGAAAGAUUUGUACCUCAUCCCUUUAGGUUCCUCAGAUAAAGUCCCACAUCAUCUUGUGCCUUUUGAUGGGCCUGGGAUUGAAAUACAUCGACCGAAUUUAUUACUGGGAUUGAUAAUUCGCCAGAAAAUGAAGAGGCAGAUUACUGCUGUUGCAAGCGUUGCUAGUAGUUUUGUGGAUGAAGCUUCUGAAAGUACAUUCAGUAACUUGCCACCAGAGAAGAAGAGCAAGCCAAACAAACCUGAAAUCUCUCAUCAUGAGUUGGCACUAGAAGAAGAAGAGGAAAAUGAUUUUUUUAAUUCCUUCACGACUGUGCUACACAAGCAGAGAAAUAAACCUCAGCAAUCUAAUGUAGAAGAUGCUCCAGCAGUUAUUGAACCAUUGGUGGAAAGUACCAAACAUGAACCACCAAAGCCUCUCAGAUUUCUUCCUGGUGUCCUGGUUGGGUGGGAGAAUCAGCCUUCCACUCUGGAGCUAGCAAAUAAACCAUUGCCAGUGGAUGAUAUUCUUCAAAGCCUGUUGGGUACAACAGGGCAGGUGUAUGAGCACACCAGGUCAGAAGCAAAUCCCAGUGAAGACAUACCAUUAUUAAAUGAACAGGCAACGUUAAAAGAAGAAAACAUGGAUGUUGCUGAUGUAACUGCUGAAGUUACUGAAGCAAAGACUGGUUUGGAUAAUCUACAAGAGUCCACAAAUGCUACUGGAACUGUGGAUGCAGCAGCUGUAGGGACUUCAAGUUCUGCAAGAAGUGCUGGAUCUUUGGUAGGGCUGAGUCUGAAGGGAAAACCUCCAGAUGUCUCCACAGAAGCAUUUUUAGCAAAUUUAUCUGCUCAGUCACAGAAUAAAGAAACUGAAGAAAGUAAAGAAAAUGAUACAAAGAGGCAGUUACCUGACAAGGAUAACAUUACACAGGAAGUUAGAAGGACCACAAAUUCCAGCUUUCCUUCUUCCUCAUCAAAUGCAGGGAAAAAACCCAAUGAGAACAGCGUUAGUGUAGGCUCUGGUGAAGGUACCACUGCUAAUACCACUAAAUCACCGCCCUUUAUUAAUCUUAAGAGAGACCCACGACAGGCAGCCGGACGAAGCCAGCAGACUAAUGCUUCAGAAAACAAGGAAGGAGAUGCUAGCAGAAAUGAGGACCGACAGAAUGCUUCAGGAAGUGAUCAAAUGGAACCAGAGAAUAAACAGUCUUCUGGAGAAGUGGGCUUAACCCUGUAUCAAAGUGAUGUGCAAACCAAUGAGACACAGUACAGUUCAACUGCAACAAAAGCAGAUAACGCGGUUGCAUCACAAGCGGAAGAUACCACACGGUCACAGGAAGAUGUAGUGAUGCAAAACAUCGAAACGGUGAACUCAUUUAGAAGAGGACCAGCAGCAACCUCAUCUCAUUUUGAAACCGAAAACUCUUCUCGUUCUGAAUUUAUUUCCAAAGUCCCAAGCCCUAUUACAAGUGGCAGCUUCUCAUCUGUUAGACCUCCACAGCAGAAUUUUCAGCAUCCUAAAUCUAAUCCACCUGGAUUUCAGUUUCAGGCUCCUGCACCUCAUAACUUCCCUCCCCAAAACAACCCUAUGUUUGGAUUUCCACCUCAUUUACCACCUCCACUUCUUCCUCCUCCUGGCUUUGGCUUUCCUCAAAAUCCAAUGAUGCCAUGGCCACCAGUAGCUCAUUUAUCAGGUCAGCCACCACACUAUGCUGGACCCAUUGCACAAGGGCUACCAGUGGCUCACAAACAAUCAAGAUUUCUGGGGCCAGAAAACUUUUUUCAGAGUAAAGACAGUAGGAGACCAGAAAGACGUCACAGCGAUCCUUGGGGCAGACAAGAACAGCAUUUGGAGAGAGGGUUCAGUAGAGGAAAAAAUGAUCAACAUAGACAAAGAUUUUACAGUGAAUCCCACCACCAAAAGAAAGACAGACAUGAAAAAGAGUGGAACAAUGAAAAAUACUGGGAGCAAGAUUCUGAAAGAAAUAGACGCAGAGACAGAAACCAGGAAAAAGAGAGAGAGAGGAAGAGUAGAGAGGAAGGACAAAGAGACAAAGAGAGAUUGCGAUCUCCACACAGUGAUAGGGCUGCUGAUGGAAAAAGCCCCAGAGAGACUAGAAAUCCAGAUAAAAAGACAGAGAAGCCUAAAAGUGAAGAACAGGCUCAUGAAAAAGAUAAGGAGAAGGAGAAAAGCAAAGAGAAGCAUAGAGAACGAGAAAGUGAAAAGAGCAGAGAGAGACAUAGGGACCACAGUGACAGAACUAAAAGCAAAAGGUAAAAAGAUGCAGGCAGUCUUUUAAAAUCCUAUUUAAAUAAACUGUUAGAGUAAUGUCGUAAAACUUUGUAUAAAAAAACAAAAGCCUGCUAGGAUUGUGCCAUCUUUUUUAUUCAGUGUUGGUGUUUUGCAGAAACAAGUCUGUGUUUUGGUACCACUUGACGUACCGAUACUCAUCCUUUUUUUCAUUAUACCAACUCUCGCUAGAAGUAGGAAUUUAAUAUUUUUAAAAAUUUUACAUUGCUGUAUAUUCAAAAUUUUACAGAUUUCUUUUAUUAAUAUGCAAUAAAGGCUUAGAAAUUUUCUUAGCUGAUGAAGUUGGCUUUAGUCAAGUCUGCAAUAUAGUUGCUGCCUUUGGUAAUUUGUGCUCUCUUCUGUUUUAAGAUGCUCUGAUAAUUUUAAAGGUGAAUUUCAUACAAUAACCUUCUUUUUAAAUUGCACUGUUUUUAAAGACUGUAGCAAAGCCUCAGAAUCCACAUGCAUUACAACAAAAUAUAGUAUGCUCAGUGGUGUGAAGAGUUUUUUUUUUUUUAAAUUAUUCAGUAGUACAAUAAAAUAAUUCAAGUGUAUUUCAUUAGUUUUUCAAGUAUUUCUUAAAGCAUCUGAAGCAGUUUGUGACCAGAAAUUGGAAGGCUGAGCUGCUCGAAUGUUACUGCUUUAAGCUGCACUUAUUUUAAUAAGAAAGCCUUUUUAACCUAAAUUCUUGAAAAUAUUAUUUGUAGUAGUAAAUUCAUUUCUCCCACCACUUUCCAUGCUUCAAAAACUUGAAUACCUAAGCUUGUACAUUACUUUGUGUUUUGCUAUCCUUUUUACUGUAAAAUGUAAAUAUUUUAAGGGAUAUUUUGAUUCUAAAAUGAUAAAACUUUCUCACAUAC